AUGAGUUUGUUCACGCAACGUGGACGCGUCGAGGUCUCCUCGGGCGACAGCGAGCCAGACUCGAUCGCCUCCAGCGUCGUUGACUCUGCCGAUGAGCUCAUCGAAGGGCUCGCUCGAAUGGCCUUGGCCGGACACUACAGCGGUGAACCAAGAGCGUACGAAACGAACCAACUCCUCCAGGGUCGGGGAAUGUCACGUCGCCCACGCGAGGUAGCGGAGACAGGACCUAGCAUGGGCUCGUCGCCACACAUGACGCCCACGCCUCGCACGAUCACUACCCCUCCGGACUAUUACGCAUGCGCGCGGUCGAACAGACAAGGCGGCGCUUUCGUGUCGCCAUGCACUUCCCGCGAUAUGUCCGAAGCGGAAAACGACGCGCGCGCGUUCGAGAAGAUGUACCGGCACCUCGCCCGCGAGUACCUGAGAGGAGACAGUAGCGCCUACCGCGCUGUCAGCGAGACCAAGGCUGCAGGGUGCGUAGAACAUGAUAAUGUGGCCACACGAGGCACUGCGGGCCCCUCUCCUUCCAUGGAGCCCGCCCCCGCGCGCAAGCCACGCCGCAAACCAGACGAACAGGUUGAAUCGCGGCUUUUGAAGCCGAACAAGGUUCAACUGUCCCGACAAGUGGAGAAGUACGAGAGAUGCAAGAGGCGCGAUGAGGAGGCGCGAAGGUGCCCGAAGCCCGUGCGUGUGUCUGCGGAGGCAGUCAAGCGAGGGACGCGGCUCUUCCUCGAUGCCCAGGCGAGGGCUGAGAACGUGAAGCGGGCGCAAGAGGCCCAGGCGAGGGAGAAGACUGCGCAGGAGACGAAGGAGUGCACGUUUCACCCUUUCGUGUCGGCCUACGCAGCACGGUUCGCGUCAGAUGGGGCGUACUACCCGUUGGAGAGUCGGCUGGAGGACCAGGCCGCGCGCGACGAGAAGCGACUGCGGAUGCGGCUGGAGCGAAUGGUGGAGCGCGAGAAAGAGUGCACCUUCAAACCCACGCUCUCUCCUGGAACUGAGGAACUGAUGUCAAGCCUGCGCCGCCGUCGCCAACGUUGCCAUUACCGCCGCUCUUUCCGCACACCAGAGGCUGGCGAACGCGCGAAGAGCAACCGAAGAAGGCGCGCAUCACCUCCGCGACAUGAGCCGUUCGAGCCCGGGGAGCGACUGUACCGCGACGGCGGCGAACGUCUCCUGCGUCAGCAGGUGCGACUUCAGAGAGCAGCAGUGAAGGAACAGCGCCACGUCGUUGGUGGCGGGCUGAGACUCUCUCACGGCGACGCCCAACAGCUGGCCAACCGCUUCACGGCUUGGGCAGCGGCGCGUGCGGCGAACCGAGAAGAGCUGCGCAUUGCUUUGGAGCGGCAGGAACGCGAAACGCCACGAACCGCCGCCAAGCGAGAGGCGACGGUUCGGCGAGGAGAUUGUCUUCUUCGCGGCAGGUCUUCGUCGAAUUCAAAAGGUUCUACAACCGUGCCACGCUUCGCGCAGCUGGCGAGGAGCAGCAGUGAUGGCACCUACCCUGCUGCGACUGGUGCCUCGGCGCCCCUGCAGCUUAAUAUCAACGACGACUUCGCUUCUUCCGCAGGCUCACUGAGAGCCUGCGUGGAAACUGUCAAUCGGGCAGCACCGCGGCCGCCGUCGAAUAGAGCACGCUCGCCAUGGCUUCCUUCAGACGUCGUGUGUGCGGCAACGGCCACUAGCUCCCCCCGUAGUCUGGCGGCGCCGGCGGCAUGUCCUGCGGUGAACGUGUCGGUGCACAAGGAGCUCCUGCGCAUCCGCCUUGGUGCUCUCUUUUACAAGUACGCUGUUUCCCCCACAGCUACCGCAGUGUGCCUCGCGCAAGUCAAGCAGCAGGUCCGCUGCUACUACCCAGAAGACUCCGGCAUCGUCGCAGCACUUGCAUCGUCCUUCGCGGAUCGGCAGCAGCCCAUCACCAAGACAGAGUUCAUGGCAGCGCUCGCGCGCUACGUGGCGCAGUAUGGAAUACAACCAUGGUGUCUGCCCUACCGCAGUGACCCCAACGCGAAAGUGGCUGUGCCUUACAGUUCGUCAGAUGCUUCUGCUGCCGGUUCCGCGGGUGCCGUGACGUCGAAUGGGUUGGUGAGCUCCGGUGACUCGCUGGGGGCGAUGGAUGGCGACGGGCCUGAUUCUACACCGCCACGGGGAGGGACAGGGGCCAGCAGCAAUGUGCCGGGUCACUGGAGUGAAGUCGGGUGUUCGGUGGUCGCACCUGCAACGGCACGCGCCUCUGAAGACACAAGUGACGAAAAGCCGGUUCGAACGCACAUCUACACCGUUCCUCAGCAGACGGACUGCUCUCCCCCGACAUCCGCACCCGCCCCUGUGACGCCAAGCUGUGCUGCAAAGGCAAGCGUGGUGAACGCUGCGGCAACACCGAGGCCUGGAGCCGCCGCUGACAAGCGGAGGGAACCUCGUUGCGAUAGUUCACAAAGUCGGAUUGUCUCGAAAGACACACCGCCAACGAAGAUUCCAACCGCGACUGCUGAAUUUGUGCGCGGGUAUGAGGACCAUGUGCAGCGGCAGCGUCGCGCUGUCGACCGCGCGCGUGCGGCGAGUGAGGCAGGUCAAAAUAAGGCGUCGGAGGAAUGCACGUUUCGCCCCACUUUGACUCCUCGCAGCGUGGUGCUGAGCGCGAUGAAUAUGGAGAAACGAAUGGCCUACGCACGUGAGCUGCAGCUGAGACGACCCGACCUCCACUCGCUCAGCUCUACAGAGCAGGCGGAGCGGAGCGGCGACGAUGGCUUACCUCGCGCCGCUCCUUCACAGAGAGACGCGCUCGCCUCCACGCCGACACCUCCGCUGACGCCGUCCACAAAGCACUCGUCAGUGUCGCUCUCCAGCACGUCUCCGCCGUUGGGCUGCAGCCCAUCCGUUGAAUUGUCGAGUCCAUCCUGCAGCACGCCGCGGCACGACAGCGGAAGCGUGUCGUCAAAGCAUGCAGCAACACCGUCGCCUUCACAUGAGGAGCAGUUCGCCGGGGACGCGGGCACGCGUCGAGCCGUAGCCAAGCUAGAGCAGUUUCUAAGCGAUGUGGCGGGCAAAGGGCGCUCAACGCAAGCCGCACAGGCGGGAGUGAGGGCGCCGCCGCCUUGUCCUCCAAUGCACGCUGGCGUUUCCAGUGUUGUACAUGACGGUGCGGCGACUGCGAAGGACGGCACCGAUGUGACACAGACGCUUUCCACUGCGCCGUUGUCUUGCUUUUUCGCGACGAAACCGGCGCAGGCUAUCUUGUGUGCCGAGGAACAGCACCUUGAGUUGCGGCACGCUGUGAAGGCUUCGCGCGUGCCCAACUAA